AUGUCCUCCUCCUCUUCUCUUUCUCACCUUCUUCCUUCUUCUUCUUCACCAAAUUCCCCUUUUCUUUCUUCUUUCUCUUCCUCUUCCUCCCAUGUCUCUUUCCACCCUCAUCCUCAUCCUCCUGGAUCAGGUGGCUGUUCAUUAUUGAAGGUUAAAGACAGAAGAUCCAAUAUCAUCAAAUGCAAUGCCAUUUCCAAGCCUCCCACUCAAGAGUACAGCGAUGUGCUACAAAGUGGUGUGCCAGUUAUAAAGUGGCAUCAGUUUGUGGAGGAUGACAUACAAUCAGAAACUACUCCUCAAGUGUUGAUAUGGAAAGAGAUAGAGGAAAGAGUGAAGGAGAUAAACGCAAUGCUGAGGUCAAUGGACGAUGGUGACAUAAGCAUCUCGGCUUACGACACGGCAUGGGUGGCUCUAAUACGGAGCAAAGAAGGAGGAGGAGAGGAAGAUCAAGAAGAGGUUAAGAAGAAUGGUCCUCUAUUCCCUUGUACCCUUGAGUGGAUUGCAAAGAAUCAAUUACAAGAUGGGUCUUGGGGUGACAGUCAAAUAUUCUCAGCUCAUGAUCGCAUUCUUAACACAUUGGCUUGUGUUGUAGCUUUGAAAUAUUGGAAUCUCCAUCCCCAAAAGUCUCUAAAAGGAAUAGCUUUCCUUAACCAAAACAUUUCCAAGCUCCAACAUGAAAAUGCUGAACACAUGCCUAUUGGCUUUGAGAUUGCUUUCCCUUCCCUUCUCCAAUUUGCUCAAAAACUUAACCUCCAAAUUCUCCCCACACAUUCCCCUAUCUUGCAAGAGAUUAACCACCGAAGGAACAUCAAGUUGACCAGGAUACCAAAAGAUAUAAUGCAUAAAGUGCCAACAACGCUGUUGCAUAGCUUAGAAGGAAUGGAGGGUUUGGAUUGGGAAAAGCUUCUCAAAUUGCAAUGUCAAGAUGGCUCUUUCUUGAGUUCUCCUGCCUCCACUGCCUUUGCACUCAUGCAAACCAACGACCCCAAUUGCUUUAAAUAUCUAGAUUCCGUUGUCAACCGCUUUAAUGGUGGAGUGCCGAAUGUGUACCCUGUGGACUUGUUCGAGCACAUAUGGGCUGUGGACAGACUACAAAGACUUGGAAUUUCUAGAUUCUUCCGUUCACAAAUAGUUGAGUGUGUAAAUUAUGUGCGAAGAUUUUGGAGUGAUGAAGGAAUAUGUUGGGCAAGAAAUUCGCAAUUUCAUGAUAUAGACGACACAGCCAUGGGAUUCAGACUCCUCAGGCUGUAUGGCCAUGAUGUUUCUGCGGAUGUGUUCAAGCAUUUUGAGAAAGAUGGAGAGUUCGUGUGCAUUGCGGGGCAGUCCACGCAGGCGGUGACCGGAAUGUUUAACCUGUAUCGGGCUUCCGAUCAGGUAAUGUUCCCCGGAGAGAAAAUUCUUGAGGAUGCUAGACAAUUUUCCUCCAAAUUUCUCCGACAGAAACAGGCCAAUAAUGAUCUUUUGGACAAGUGGAUCAUCACUAAGGAUUUACCUGGCGAGGUUGGUUACGCUCUCGAAGUUCCAUGGUUUGCAAGCUUGCCUCGGGUUGAGACUCGUCUCUUCAUAGAACAGUAUGGUGGCAAAAAUGAUGUUUGGAUUGGAAAAACUCUCUACAGGAUGUUUAAGGUAAACAAUGACACAUACUUGGAGCUUGCAAAAUUGGACUACAACAACUGCCAACUAUUGCAUCAGAUUGAAUGGGUUGAUAUUCAAAAAUGGUACAUAGAGAACAAGCUGAGAGAUUAUGGAAUGAGAAGAACGAACCUUUUGUUCUCAUAUUUUGGUGCAGUGUGUUCCAUUUUUGAGCCAGAAAGGGCUAAGGAGAGGCUUGCAUGGACCAAGACAGCUGCAUUGGUCGACGCCAUCGAGUCCCAUUUCAAGGACGCCAAUGCUGACCAACGACGAGCCUUUGUCCAACAAUUUACCAACUUGGAUGCUGCUCAAGCCUACGAUAAUAAUGCAUGGAGAUCAAGCAAUGUGCAACAAAAAGGAGGACAGGGACUAGUUGGGAUUUUGCUUAGAACCCUAACCAAUAUCUCUUUGGAUAUACUGGUGUCACACGGUCUCGACAUCACCCACCAUUUGCAUCAAGCUUGGAAGAAAUGGUUGUUUAAGUGGCAAGAGGAUGGAGAUGUGCACAAGGAAGAGGCAGAGUUAUUGGUGCAAACAAUAAUUCUCAACUCAGGCUGUUCAACUUUGGAAGAUCUGUUGUCUAAUCCUCAAUAUCAGAAGCUUUCCUACCUCACAAACAAAGUGUGCCAUCAACUUGGUCACUUUAAAAAGCACAAGGUAACCAAUGGUGGCAUCUAUAAGGAGAAAACAGACAACAAAAUGCCCCAAGAGAUAGAAGAUGACAUGAGGAAACUUAUGCAACUGGUGAUCCAAAACCCCUCAGAUAGCAAUGAUAUUAUUAACUCACAAAUCAAGCACACAUUUCUAACGGUAGCAAAAAGUCUGUAUUAUGCAGCCUAUUUCGAUCCUUGGACUAUCAACUACCACAUUGCCAAGGUCCUAUUUGAAAAAGUGUUCUGAUCCUAGCUAGCCUAGCCACACACCACAGCCACAGCCAUGAUGUAUUGUCAAUUUUUGUAUAUCCUUUCACCACAUGGAACACACAAACUUUGGUCCAAUUUUCGUCUGUUAAUAAAAAGAAAACAUCAUCUUUAUAUCCCAAA